CGACUCGAUUCGACUGGACUCGAUUCUGUCAUAGUUCGAAAAAAAGAGCUGUCGAUUGAUCGAUUGGAGGAAGAGACGUUGCGAAAGUCUUAUACAUGCACCAAGGAGUGAAACGCAWGUGUGGAUUAGCACACUAGUGAAUUCGAGAAACAAUGAAAUCGUACCGCAUAUCAACACUCGUGAAGYUGGCCUUAUUGGCGGCUAGCAAUAAGCACAUUGCACUACACCUGGUGUCUUCGUACACCUUCGAUCCCCUGAACAACAGCUGGAAACCAAGUGGCCGAAGAAAAAAGCAGAACAGGGGCUCGUCUUUUUCUCAGAAUUCGUAUGCUCCACCAGAGCCUAGGCGUGAGCAGCCUAAUCCAGUGCCUAGGCCUAUACCAGGUGUCGAUAUCACCUGGGACGAACGAGAUAUUGUUCGGCAUCAUUACACAACCUUUGUUGUCGGUGAUCAAGAGGAACAACAAAUMAAUGAUCCUGCGUUCGUACCAAAGGCUUCCUUGGUAGAGAUCCAGUACAACAAGAAGACCGGCGAAGUAUCUCUUCUGGACGAAGAGGGUGUUGUGACACCCGAAGAAUACAAACGGAUCGUGAAUGAUGUAAAGUAUUCGCACGAAGGGGAAAGCGAAUCUUCAACUGGCAACACUUCAUCCAAGCCAAAUUUCAAGCAUCAAGGGGGAGAAGAUGACGCAGUUGUCGGCACGACCGUAUACCUCGAUCCAGAGGACUUAGAUCCGACCGAUGUUAUCGAUACGGAGGUUGAAGACGUCGAUGGCCGUCCUUCCACUUCCGCGAAACAGGAGAUUCAUAUUCCCCAUUACGAGCAAAAGCUAAAAGACUAUCCACAACCACAGCUCCRAGACCAAUCCCAACCGUCAACGGACUACACCGAAUCUAUACUGGCCGAAACAACUUUUGAUUCGUACAGCAUCCAUCCACCUGCUGCAAAAUAUGACCAUUCCGUUGCAUAUCAGGCAGCUGCGACAGGAUCAUAUGCCGAAGCACAGCAGCAGCAGCAGCUAUUUCAGCAACAACAAUACCAGAAGUACCAAAACGUACAGCAACCCGUGCAGACGGCAACAGCGGUAGCAGAGCCAACCGCAGACCAUGUCUACUAUCAACAACAACAACAACAACAACAGCAGCAGUAUGAAACUGGAAAUUACGACUAUCAAGAGUAUUACGAACCAACAAUGAUGACACAAAAACUAACCAAUGACCAAAGCGUUGAAGACAUCUAUUUUGACGAUGGGACUUAUCGAAGAAGCCGGGGAUUUGGCUUUGCCAGUCGAAGAGAAUCUUUCACUGAUAGUGAAUUGGAGUACUAGAGUGUUCGAUUUGUGAAUACUGCAUUAUUGGAUCUUCUCUCGCUCGCACUCUCUCGUAUUUUGCCUAUUGGAAAAAGAUUUGAAUAUGAAUGAAGCAAAGAAAUGAGUAAUAAUCUUACUGCAAUGAU